AUGAAGUCCUACAGCCUUGUCGCAUUGGCGUUGAUCGCCAAUCCUUCUUAUUGCCUUAACAAGGGCGAAAACAUCCAUCUUCAAUGGUCGCUAUGUGACCGAGACGCAGCAGCCGUUCUGGAGAAGCUGGGCGAAGAAGUUCGUGCGCCUUACAAACAAAACCCGAUCACAUAUUUCGAUACGAUGCCGCCAACACACGCGCAGCAAGGCGUGAUGUUUCGCACAAAGGUCAACAAAGGUGACCCUUUUUCUGUCAUCAAGGUUCGCUUCGAUGAGAAACCCGCCCGCCUGCCUCCCGGCGCGGAUUGUGUCUGGGACCGAUAUGGAGACUAUAUCCCCUAUACGUGUGGAGCGCGGUAUCUGUUAAGCGACAAGACGAAGGAAAUAUGGAGCGAGGACCAAGUUCGCUUCGCCGAGAAGUACGACGACAUUGACUGGGAUGGUCUUGUCCCUUAUGGACCAUUCCCUGACGGCAAAUGGAAGUUGAAGAUCUUGGGACACAAAUCGAAGCUUGAUGAUGUUGUAGCUGGAAAAUUGCACCUCAUGGAGAUUGAGCUGUCGACCCCCAAGAUUGGAUCUGAGGAAGUCUACGAUAAGGUGACUAAGUAUCUUGAAGAGCACGGAGUGUUGCUCUGUGAUCCCCAGCAAUCGAAGACGGUGCGGCUAUUCCGUGACCGGGGACUUAUCGAUGGCCAGGCGAGCGAGGAACUGUGA